GGAAGUUUUCGAGCAAAACAUACGACGAAGAGACCCCAAGAGAUGUCAACAAAACUGCUGUUAACUCGAAUAAUAAAGAGCUACAUUUUUGAAUUGACCACUAAAAUCGACCGACGUCUUCCUUUCAUGAGCUUUUAACAAGGAUCUCAGAAUGGCGGAAGGAAACACUCUUUCCGGUGUAAAUGUUGUGCUUGUUAUGGCCUACGGCAGCUUGGUGUUUGUGCUGCUGUUCAUCUUCGUGAAGAGACAGAUCAUGCGCUUCGCUAUGAAGUCUCGCAGAGGACCGCACGUGCCGCUCGGCCACAACGCACCGAAGGAGCUGAGAGAGGAGAUCGAUAACCGUUUGUCAAAAGUGAACGAUAUUCGUUAUGAGCCACCUUUACUCUCUAAAGAUGACGAUCGACUGAAUGGAUGUUAUAAUUACCUCUUCAGAAUGCAAGCGUUAGAUGCCAUCAGAGACUCCGAUAUCCCAUUUCAGGAGUUUUGUCGCAGUGCGAGCGCUCUGACCGGCCGCCGCUACAAAAAGUGGCUGCAGAACCUACGAAACUCUCACUCUCUGUUCAAAUCAAGUCACAGUGCAUUAAUAGAUCGCUUACUGGAGGGCUAUGACAACGCUCGCCAUGGGACAGGGGUGUUUGGUGAGACAGAGUUUGUGAAGUAUAAGGAAGAUCUGGCAGAACUGGCUGCUGUUGUGAAGACCCACUCCAGCACCAGCAGUCUAAACCAGCAGCACCAGUCCGCAGCUAAAGAUCUGACCUGCUCCUCCGGCCCGUCGUCUGCCUCUACCAUUCAGGUCACGUACCUGCCGUCCACCGGACAGCGCAGCAAGAGGCCCAAACACUUCCUGGAGCUCAAAAACUUCAAAGACAACUAUAAUACACUGGAGAGCACACUUUAGAGAUUGGAAUCCUUUUGAGGAACUGUGUGAGUGCAACUCAGAAACUGUGAAUCAGAAGUGUUCAGAUCUCACUGGAAAAGCCUUCAUGUAGAAAUGAAAACAGUGGGAGAUGCAGUCAAAUGGCCUCAAAUCACACUGAGAAUGACUUAAUAUAUGACCAAAUCUGACAGAUAAAUGUCAGUGCAACUGCUUUGAGAGCAAUGUAAGAAUAUUAUGUUGGUAGUUUUAAUGUUUUUCUGAUGGAGCUAACAGGAAGAGCUUUUUUGUCUAAUGUUUUACCAGCUUUUAUUUGCUAGGCUAGGAUGUCCUUUUAAUGUGAACAGGGAGUGUAAAGUUAAGAGCACCAGCAAAGCACCCUUUAGCUGAGAUGAUAAGAUUUUAACUGGAUUGACUUUACUAGAACAAACACAUGAAUUCAAAAUAGUUGGAACGGUUGACUUAAACUAAAAAUGUAAAAAUUUAAUUUAUGCAUUUAGCAGACGCUUUUAUCCAAAGUGACUUACAGUGCAUUCAGGCCAUCAAUUUUACCUAUCAUGUGUUCCCGGGGAAUCGAACCCCCAACCUUGCGCUAGCUUGCUUGCUAACGCAAUGCUCUACUUCCAAUGUAUUUUUUUUUUCAUGCCAUGUAAAUCAGUGGUUACCGUCAACAUUCUUCAAAAUAGAUUAUAGAAUCUGCAUUCAUGGGUAAACUAGCCUUUAACUAUCCAAUUUUAUACUAAGACUACUUCAGUUUGAGGUUUUUAAAUAAGAGCCUGUCCCACAUCAAUGAGAAGAGCUGUGCAGAAAAAUGUAGGAGAGAACAAUAUUAACUUGAGUGCUACUGAUUAUUUCUUUUCAAGUGCAAUUGUAAUUUUUAAAUGAGUUGAUGUUAAUGUGUCUAUAGGAAGAAAAAGUGUGGUUUGAGUCAUGAAUGGAUAUGGUUGUUGUAUAAGAGACUGUCUAUAUUGACUUUCACUGUAUUUUAAAAUCUUAUCAGAUCUAAUAAAUUGUCUGCGUCGUCUGUA